GAAAACGCGACCGAAGGUCGGUUUCUUGAAGGAACAGUGGAAACACUCCUAGUGGCGGCGCGCCGCCGGAACAUAGUGUUGCGGUUUUUCUCGUACGGAAAUGUGAAAAUUUUCGUAGUACAACGGGAAAAUCAAAGGCGAUUAGCGUGUGCCGUUGGUCGACGGUAAAAGGGGUCAGAAGGCCUGCCAGUUGCGACAUGGCGGGUUUUCGAGAAGAGGAUAAAGCACUCUUCCCGAUCCAGAGCAUCUCCUCGAUCGUCCAGAUCUUCCAAAAUCAACUGGAAAAUAGCUCGGAGCCGGACCUCGCGCUACUUUCGAUUCUCGUCGGAGCUGUUGAGAAUUCCCUAACCUGUAACCGAACAUUUACGUCGCAGGAGAGCACUGUUUACGACGAGCCUAAAUUGCCGGCCGUCGAAUAUCAUAUAGCCGAAGCAUUAUAUACUAAGUUUCACGCUGUUAUCAAAGGAGCUGUCGAUCUCACGGUUUACGACACCAAAUACGCUACGCGUGAACUCAUCAAGAAAGUCUCCGACGUUAUAUGGAACUCGCUUACGAGAAGCUACUACAAGGAUCGAGCUCAUCUACAGAGCCUCUACAGUUAUCUUACCGCAAAUAAAUUGGAUUGUUUUGGAGUUGCUUACGCAGUAGUCGCUGGUUGUCAAGUGUUAGGAUUUAAAGAUGUGCAUCUUGCUAUGUCAGAGGAUCACGCAUGGGUCGUAUAUGGAGAGCAUGGUUCUGAAACUGCAGAGGUUACAUGGCACGGGAAGGGAAACGAGGAUAAACGUGGGCAACCCGUUGAACCUGGUGUAGCUUCUCGAUCGUGGUUGUACGUAAAUGGUCAGGCGGUUGUAUGUUCUCGUGCUAUGGAAGUUGCCACAAUAGUAUCUGCUAUAAAUCCUAGUCUGAGCGCAACAGCAGAUGCGGCAGAAGUAGCGUUACUUCAACAAGAAUUAUUAUGGUUACUUUACGAUUUGGGUCAUCUUGCCAAAUAUCCUAUGGCGCUUGGUAAUUUGGGUGAUUUAGAAGAAGCUGCGCCAACACCAGGAAGACCUCCUGCAAUAGAUUUGUUUCAGGAAGCCGUAAGAUGUGCAAGAAAAUAUUACGGCAAUGCACACGUUUAUCCAUAUACUUAUCAAGGUGGUUAUCUUUAUAGACAUGGAUUACACGCUAAUGCUUUGGCGUCUUGGUCAGACGCUGCAGACGUAUUGAGAAAAUACGAUUAUUCGCGGGACGAUGGAGAAAUAUAUAAGGAAUUAUUGGAAAUUGCCAACGAAUUGAUACCGCACACGGUAAGGGCCGACGAACGACUGUUACGACAGCCACGGUGUUUCGUGUAUCUCCUAAGAUUUUACGACAGUAUCUGUCAAUGGGAAGAAGGAGCAAAUACUCCUGUCCUGCACAUAGGUUGGGCACGACCGUUAGUGAAUACAAUCUCUAAAUUCGAUGCUUCGAUCCGUGCUCAGGUUGUCAUCGAAUGUUACGAUAUGGAAACGAAGCAAGAGGAAGAAAAAAUGCAGAAGAGGGAAACGAGUCCCGAGGAGACUCUUAACAAUAAUAAUAAUAAUUAUUGUAAAACGAAGGAGAGGGGCAAUGCAGCACGCGAUUUAAUCAAAAGUUUGGAGUCUAAAGUACCGGCUAAUCCAGCACCGAUGCAUCCCAGUAUUCAAGCGUUAACAGCUGCCUGCAGUGAAAAAAUCCUUAACAGGGAUUAUUUGCUGCAAGGUGGUGGGGAACCAUUCGUCGCUCCUCCCGAGAAUGCCUUACCUCCAGCACCGUCAACAUCUCAGGAAAGCCUAGAUCCUGAGGAGGAAGUCGAUUCUGAAAAUGAGAGGCCAAGAAUAACUUUGUACAGUCAGAAAAUGAAGGGCCUCAAGGAUCUUCUUCUAGCCGAGAAGUUAAAUACGCAUGCUAUUUCGUUGCAAUUAACCGCACAAAGUCAGGUACAAAUAGGUAAGAAGUCACGCGGUAGCGACGAAGUAGGAGUCAAUCAGCGUCCGAAGAGGACGCGGCGCGAAUAGUAUAAAAUCUUUGACCACCGUUUUGGUCUGGUUAAGUAUUGAAACACGUUAACCCGUUCUAUGUCUCGUCUUUUAUAAACGACGAGGAGUAACGGGAAACGUGAUUAAAGAUACACAACGGUGGUCUGUACUUGCCGUCGAAAUGAAAGAAAAGCAAGAAAGAAAGAAAAAAACAAAAGAAACACAAAUCAGAAGGAAAAGUCUUCGCUCUCACAGUUUCCUUGUAUUUUUUCGAAGUGAAUUCUCGGAGUUGAUUAUUUUUCGAAGGAGAAAAAUCGUGAUGAAUUUUGUGCUGCUUGAUUUUUACAUUCUCUCAUUUAAUGCCGAGACGAUGGGAACUUUGUCGUUUUAGAGAUAGGUAUAGUAGAUAUGAACAAAAUUUAUAGAAAAGUACAAAAAAGUUCUCCCCCCAUCCCACCCCCUUAUUUAAGUUAAAUACCGAUAAUUGCGAGUACUUGAGUUUUCGCGUCUUCGUGAAAAGAAAAGAAAAGAAAAGAAAAAGAAAAAGAAAAAUGAAGGUAUUUUACACGCCUUAGAGGCGUGUAUUCUUUCAUUCUUCCACGGUGUUUAAAAAAAGAAAAAAAGAAAGAAAGAAAAGAAAAACAAACAAACAAACAAACAAACAAACAAACAACAACAAAAAGAAAAAGAAAAGAUAUCUUUCCUUAUCGCACGGUGGAGAAAAAAAAAUGAAUCGAAUAUCGUACCUAAUUCUAUUAUUAUAGUACACUCAGAUUUUUCCCUUCAGUACGAUUAUUUAUUCUAUUAACGACAUAAUAAUGAUUUAUCGAGGCGCGAAUCGAUCGAUAUUCGGUAUUCGUCGUUUCUCAUAUGUCUAACUUUCUUGUUGCACUAUUAUUUAUUGAUUCACGUUUUUUCUAUUGAAGCUAUUGCACUAUGAAUGAUUACAAUUGACAAGUUGUCGUUAAUGUUUUUUAAAUGGUAGUUAAAACUUUUGUUAGAAUUACGCUUCUAUGGUCUAGUAAGAAAAACCACACAUUCCACUCUGUACGUGGUGCAAACUAAUUAAGUUUUACCUAAGGUAUUUUAAGCAUAAAAUGUUCGCUUAUUUUUAUAACUAUUUAUUUUCAGAAGUAAUUAUAAGUACCUAUUCGUAGUACUCUGUUUGGCUAUUUUUCGAUAGGAUAGGAAGAACAUAGACACGGUGCGCUAUUCUAUGAUUUGACGUUCGAUUAUUCGUCGUGUCAGAUGGCGAAAUAUCUUUUAAUUACGGACAAAUUUAAAAAACUUGCGACAGAAUUUCCAAACGAUGAAUGUUCAAUGAUACUUUUUCUUUCUAAAAUCUUUACUUUUCGUUGCGUUCUACGAAUGUCAUGUAUUCGCACGCUCGUCGUCGCAAGUCUAAUUGUAUUUCCCGGCAGCUUCUCGCAGCUGACGAUUUUUUAUUAUUUUAACGUUUUAUUUUUCAUCUCUUUUUUUUCAUAUUAUUAAUUAUUAUUAUUAUUACUAUUAUUAUUACUAUUAUUUUUAUAUCUAUCGACAUUGAUUUUUCCGUAGUACUAACGUUAUGCGUUUCUUUGUUUCUUUUUUUUUUUUUUUUUUUUUUUUUUUAAACGCGCAAUACAACGGUCAUAGAGGUAUGACCCGAAUCAUUUUAUCGAACACAGUACCUUCCUAACAGUACUAUAUUAUUAGUUGCUCCUAUCCUAAUUACCUCGAAUCUUGAUGGAUAUUGCGGAUAUCCAAGUACGUAAAUAAAUCGCAUCGACUUUGAUGUUAAGAAAAGGAAAAGGAAGAAAGAAAGGGGGAAAAAAGAAGCAGAAAUGAAUAAGAAUUAUUUGACAAUGUUUAGACGGGUUGUUGUAGAGUACGUUGUUGACAGGAUGAAUAUAAAUGGUCCGAGAAGAUCGACGAUCACUUAAUAAUGAAAGGCGCUAUCUUACUGUGAUGCUGAAUAUAUACUAUAUAUAAAUAUAUAUAUAAAUAUAAAUAUAUAUAUAUAUAAUUAUACAAUUAAUAAUCGUAAUAACUAACAGGCAGCCUGACAAUUGCAGAAUUUAUUCUCCCUCGUCGAGAAAAGGGAAAUUCUCUUUGCGUCGCGCUGAUCUAUUAAAACGAGAUAAGAAAAAAAAAAAGAAGCAACAAGCUCAUAAUUAAUGAAAUAAUUAGGAACGAUUACAUAAUGUAAUUAUUGCGGAAAUAAUGAGAUAUCGAUAUUCGACGUGAUAUCAAUUAUGUCGGCCGUCGACCGUCUGCCGUGCUUGCUGCAGCUAAAAUCGAUCUUUUCGAGUAUAUAUAUAUAUAUAUGUAUUUUUUUUUUAUAUAUAUCUUUCUCUUAUUAUUUCUUCUUUUCACAAUGGAACGCAUUACAUAUACGUAUAUAUGUAUAUAUUUAUCAUUCUCGCCGCAUAAUCCAUGAUCGUUCCUUUUUAGCAGGCGAGGCACGUCAGAAUCAGCGGCAUGUUUUUUUCUGACAUUGUAUCGACGCAUUUCUCCUAGCGUUUAUCGAAAGUUAACAAAAAUAAAACAAAAUAAAAAAAAUAAUAAUAAUAGUAAAAAAGAA